AGGUGAGAAAGUUCUUCACCGAUAUUGAUUCUUUGAUUACUUGAAGUAGAUCUCUUUCACUUCUUUCUUUUUAAUGCUUAACUCUGAAGAUAAUCGAUCAUUGAAUUUGAGUUUCCAUUUUUGCCCAAACAAGUUUCCCCUGUAGCUUCUUCUAGAUUCUCAAAGAAAGUUGCCCCUAUAAUUGAUGUUAUGCAAGACUCUUAUUUCACAGAAAAGUGUUCUAAGCCUUUAUAUGCACUAAAGUAUGAGUUUUUAAGUUAUUUUAGGGGAUUUAGAUCGAACAGGUAUUUAAAUUUGACUGCUUUUGGAGGGACACUUACCUAAUUAUGAGUGGUCUAUAUCUUGAUUCUAAGUGAAAAGGGCUCUUUUUUCUGUUACGGGUUUAGCGUUGUUGUGAAGAUUAUUGUAUUGAAUUUCCGUAAUCGACAUCAAAGAAUUGUGGAGAGUCAGUAAAGAUUUUGUGAAAGAAGGGUGGAAUAAAUGGGAAGGCCUUUGAUUUAUGAGAUUUUGGAAAAGCCAGCUACAAGCUGUAUCAUAGGACUAUGCAGUGCAAUCUGGUUCUACAUUCAGAAGAAAAACAUUGGGUAUUCCCAUGUGGGCUUGAGUUAUGAAAACGCCAUUGAAGGGCACCAUUGGAGGAUUAUAACUUCGGCCUUUUCGCAUAUAAGCAUUCUUCAUCUUGUGUUUAAUAUGAGUGCACUUUGGAGUCUUGGUGUGGUUGAGAAGUUGGGGCCUUUGGGACUUGGAGUUGAAUAUUAUCUUCAUUACACACUUGUCCUGGUUGUUCUAUCUGGCAUUCUAGUUUUGGGGAUGUACCAUGUCCUAAUUCAAAGAUUCAAGAUUGAGUACUUUAGAAGAGUAACAGCUGUUGGAUAUUCUUGUGUUGUUUUUGGGUGGAUGACAAUUCUCUCUGUAAGACAGCCAUCAUCGAAAUUGGAUCUUUUUGGGUUUCUUUCACUCCCUAUCAGUUUUGCACCAUUUGAAUCACUUAUUUUUACUUCUAUUAUUGUUCCACAAGCAAGUUUUCUAGGACAUUUGUCAGGAAUCAUUGUCGGGUAUGCCAUUGCGUGGGGUUUGAUUCACGGGAUGAAUAACUUUUGGGCAAUUUCCAUGUUGGGAUGGAUUUUGCUUGUUUUUGUCUUCAGUUUGAAGCGCUCUGGUGCUUAUGAUUUCAAUUUUCUUGAGAUUGAAUCCGUCAACGAUCCUUCUUUGCCUACUGUUCGGUUUCUUUCAACUGGAAAUGGUAGAACACUGCAGAUGAGUGCAUUGCCAAUUUCUGGCCCUGAGAUUGUGUAGCAUAAUUUCCUCUGGUCUUUGCCUGGGAAUGAAAUGGAAGUCCAAUACAGUUUUAGUUUUGGUUUGGCAAAUUUAUCAGGUUAUUAUUUAUGCUGCUGUUUGUUUCGUUAGAAUCUAGAUCAUGCCCGAUUUUGCUGCUUGUUCUGUGUUCCUAAUUAAAGUUGAGGUGCUAUCCCUAACCCAUCACAAUGGCAGGUGCAUUUUAUUUGCUGCAAAUGUGACAUCUAAGGUUGAUGCCAUUGAUUUUAUAUCCUUUAUUGUUUGAAGAGACCAUAACUCUUUGUACCUAUAUUUUGGUAUAUGAAUUCAUGAUUGUUUCUCAAAGAAUUCUAAGAAUGUUGAAUUUCGGUAGGAUAGAUUUUGACAGUAUAUCAGUGAUUCAGCUAAAUGAAGAAUAGUCAGUUUUGAAGGAACAGACAUACGGUUUUUUUGUUGUUGUUGUUAUUAUUAUUAUUAUUAUUUUCUUUUUCUGUUUAAAUGGUGGUUAUUUUUUCCAUUGCUCUCUCUCCUCCUUCAGGUUUGACGUUUUAUCUUGUAUGUAAUAGUACCUCAUUUGUUAAUUUGUUGUAUUCAAGAAUCAAGUUUGCUAAA